GUAGAUUGUGAAGUAUUAAAAACUUGUGUCAAAAAGCAUGGGCAAUAUUCUAAAAGUUGUUAAUCCAGGUUAUGGAGUGAGUGAUGCUUUCGUGGACUGGCCAUUGUUGUUUACUACCAAACAAGAAGCAAAUGAGAGUGCAGAUGCAUGCAUCACUUCAUUCCAUGCACUCUUGGUGGGCUUAUUGGAGGAAAAAAUACCUCUGGGUUCUCCACUGCACAGCAGGUUAAAGAAGGUGUUGGCUGAGGCUGAGCAGCAGAUGCAUAAACAUGGCCUUCAGUUUGCAGCGCACAGACGUCGCUCGCUGUGGGACACAUUGGACGAAGAUUGGAUCGAGCCUUACUGCAAUUUUCCAGACACUGUUGAUUUCUGGCCUUCACUGCCAACACGUUUCCAUCCAUGGAAUGAAUUUAUUGCUAAACCUGAUGUGAGCUACAGAACAAUGCAGAAUUUUACCAAGGACAACAAUUCUCCGCAUUUGGCGUUCUCAGUCAAUUAUUCCCAAGAAGAUAGUGCUGAAGAAAAAUCCCCUUCUGUAACUGAAGGAUUACCAGAACAUUCUGAUGGCUUCAAAGGCUCCUUACCCAAGCCUUGUUCUUUCAAUUCAACAUCUGAAUAUUCUUUCCAUCCAUCCUUUUACAAUGGUGAUGAAUUAAGCAAAAUUCCUUCUGCCUUCAAGACCAGAAAUUCUAUAGGUGACCAAAACUGGUGUAAUAUAAUUGGUGAUUGUGGUGACAGAAAUGCAUUGCUAUUAACUGCUAAAAUACUAAAAAAUUCCAGCCACAUAGGAGGCCUCCAGAAUAUUUUUGCAAUCAAUUUUACCCCAAGCAGCGGAAAAAUGACAUGUGAGCUCUUGUCUAAAAUUAUUUCAGUUUCCCAGUCUGAUUAUUCUAAAAUUUGUGUGCCUUGUAGGUUAAGCAGUUUAAUUUUGUGUGGACCGGCAGAUGGCCCUCCCAGUCCGUUAGCAAUACCUAAUCCAUGGCAUUGCUCUGUGCUUAAGUCUGAACCGUUCAUCACAAAAUUCACUAAUGUAAAAAUGAAAGAUCAUGAAUACACAGCUUCCAUCCAUUCAAGAAUUAGCGCAUUGCAACAUUUUUCAACUCUAUCUCGUUUUUUAGUUGGCGAUUCACUGCCUCUUCUGCCUAUUGUCUCUGGCGCAACUCUUACCCAAGACUCGUAUCCUUUAUCUCACUCUCCUAACUCAGUUUUUUCUUACCAGCCUCCGCUAUCUUCAUCCCGACUCUCAUGCCCAGUACCCAUUUUACCGAAGCUUCAGCUUCUCAAGCUGCUGCUGGAACCAAUUGCAUUCUUCUCAGCAUGUUCAAGGCAGGAGACACACAAAGAGCUCUGCGUUUCCCAUGCGCCGGUAAUGCUAGGCAAGGUUUUACGUCUUCAGGAUGACGUCCUUAGUGAAGUGGCGGCCAAAGCAUUGGCGAACCUUGCGUGCUCAACAACAGGAAGCUCAGCCGUCAUACAGUCCGGGGCUGCAGAGUUGCUGCAAGAGGCGUUGGAGCAGCCCAGCUUUGCCGUGCAGUUAGCAGCAUCUCGAGCGUUGCUCAAUACUUGGAACAAUUCACUCAAUGCACAACUUUUGCCCACAAUACAGAAGUUCUUGAAUUUAGGCUCGCUAGAUCUCUGUAAUGCUUAUUUCUACAAUGACAACAAUCUUGAUGCCACAUCUCAAAUGGAUCCAUUCAUACAAUUUUGUUCUAAACCCAAUAUUUUUAAAUGGUAUAACUUCGAGUUCGAAUGCAAUGAGAAUCCUGUUAGCAGAUUUCAUUUAAACUACCUCAACUCUUUCCUAACUUCAGGUGAUUGGAACGCCAAAAGCUCUUCUCUAUCUGAAAGCAAUCUUUGCCCAUGCAGAAAAUGUGAACGAGUUACAGUACGUGCAAUUUAUUCUCCGAACCUUUCAACUUUCCCUCUUUACGAUGAGGGCAUUUACCCCGUGUUGUCCGAGGCCGAAUUAGACCUCUUGAAAAAAAUUAAAUUUGAUUCUGAUAUUCCUCAUCCUUCUGUUGAAUCUUUAACGGAGUCUUCAAAUCAUGGACAUUGUUUAGAAAAUACCAUGCCUGCAAAUGGUGCAAAAACUUUGGUUCCCCGGUCACCGCUAGAAGAACCAGAAGUGAAGCGUUUGUCUGAGAGGCCAACAGAAGGCGCACCACGCCUGGUUCACAUGGUGCUGCUGCACGGCAUCCUGGGAGGGGCGGCGUGGACAUGGCGACAGCGAGACGAAGCUCGCGCAGGUACCUCAGACUACAGCUGGUGCUGGCCCCAGGACUGGCUCGCGGUAGACAUGCUACGCCAAACCAACACCUGCGUCAGGAUCGUAGCCGUGAACCUGCAUGAACCCUGGCACGAAUCCAGCCCCAGGACGCUGAGCUCUCAAGCCCUAAGGCUCAGUGGGGCUCUGGUGAGGGCUGGAGUGGGGCGCCGUCCUGUCUUAUGGCUCGCCCACUCCAGAGGUGGGCUCUUACUCAAAGCUAUUUUCGAGAACGACGGAUGUGGGGCGACUGAGAACUUAAGUGGGCGUCUCGAUAAUAGCAGGAGAACUGAUAUGAUUGAAGAAACUGGAGGAAAAGAGCAAAAUUCAGCACUGAAUUCGAAUGAAUCUAGUUCUAAAAUAGGAAAAAAACUAGAUGUUGAACUCAAAAAAUCGUCGGAAAAACUUCUGAGACACGUGAAAGAUGAAACUGAAGAGUCAAUUCUUGAAGUAGGUGAAAAAGCAAAAGUUGAGCGCACGAAAGAUAUUCUAUUUGAAUUUGAUGACUCAACAUUUGUAUUAAACACCACCAGGAAAAAUAAGCCACAAGAAUUUCUAGCCAAAGAAGUUCCAGAGUGUCAAGGAAAUAUCUUAUCUGCGAAGACGCUCGGUGUUUUGUUCUUAUCAACCCCACACGGAGGAGCUCCAUGGGCGCGUUAUGCCUCGUGGCUGCACCCUGAUGCCCCUGAACUGCGCGACCUGCAGCACAGCGACCUGCAGCACAGCGACCUGCAGCACAGCGACCUGCAGCACAGCGACCUGCAGCACAGCGACCUGCAGCACAGCGACCUGCAGCACAACGACCUGCAGCACAGCGACCUGCAGCACAGCGACCUGCAGCACAGCGACCUGCAGCACCUGCAUGACAGCUUCAUAAGGUGCUGGCAGACGAGGCGCUUCUCUGUCCUCAGUCUCGUCGACACGAGACCUAUGCCGCUAUUGCCUGGCCUGUCUUUCGUGCCCGUCCCUCGAGACUCGGCUGACGCAGGCGUUGGCGAGACGAUAGCCGUGGAUGCCAGCCACCUGGACAUCUGCAAGCCUCUCUCCAGGAGCUGCCGUGUGUACGCCGUGGUGCUGGACUGGUGCUUGCGUACCGUGGCCGGCUGCGUAUAAUUCAAGUGGCCUGCACAUGAGUGAGCUCAUCCAGCACUCGCUGGUGGACUUCUACGUGCCGUUCUUGCCCCUGGAGCGGCGGCACGUCGAGCUCAAACCUGACUCUGAGAUAAUCAAGUUGGUGGCUGACGCAUUGGUGUAGGUACUUCCCUUCCGAGAAUCUGCUCUUCGCAUACAAGGGCUGCAAGAAAGUGGCAUAUAGAGUUCGUUUUUAUCUUACUCACUUGGAAGUUCAAAGGUCACAAAUUCAAAUUUUCCAUUGAAAUGUUGCUGACACGUCUGCCUUGUUGAUGAUUGUUCUUGACACGUCUGAAUGCUGCAGUCGAGUUUCAACACAUAUUCUAGUGCUGUUAGCCUACUGCACUGAGAACUUUAUUUGUACUCUGCUAAGAAAAUCUUUUAAGUCCUUCAAUACUCGUUAAUUUUUCUAUUUUUCUAAGGAAAUUCUCCUUAUUUAUCGUAAAUUUCACGUUGCUCAACUUCAUGGACUUGAUCUCAAACUUUCAGUGUUUUGAUGUACAAUAUUUUUCUAUCGAAGUUAGAGCGGACAUUUUGAAGCUUAGGUUCAGAUUGCCAGGAUUCGAAGUGUCUCAUAUUUUUAUAUUUAAUUGAACGCAAUGUAAAUUGGCAGAUCAAUUGAGUUACAACGCAUCUAUGGUUCAAAUACCUAAGGUCAGCAAUUUGUUUAAAAGUUAAUUAGAAACUAGUAUAGUAAGUUACUUAUUAUUCUUUCUUUACCUAUGACGGGUCACAUUGCUUGCUGCUGUACUGGCUGUGAAAUUCCAAGCAUAUAUUUCUUUAUAUGUUACUUAUAAUUCAGUCAUCACUACCAGCUCAUCAAUGUUGCAGUGAGGGAUGAAAUGAUGAGUUUCUACGCCACAGUGAUUCUAGUGUUUAGUGUUGAAUUAUUUUGAUGUAGAAUUAUUUUGUCUCUGGCAAUAUCUCUGUUACCUGCGACUUAUUGAAUGCAAUCAAUUUUUUCCCACGUAAAAGGCAUUGUUUAGCGCGGCGAACGCAACUUAAUAAAGUUGCGUUCUUGGCAAAUCUCUGUUAAAUAAAUCGGUAUUAUGUUAUUAUUAUCUCAAGAAUGAUAGAAACUUAGCGAUUUGUUUGGGUUCUACCAUUAAGUGUUAUUGUGUUUGUGAUGAAUUGUUGGUUUGAAGUCAGGUGGCUUGUUGAAUUAGGUGAGACUUGUUUGUUUCGCCGUCCUACUACAAAUUUGCAUAUCCCAUGAAUUUAAUUUAUCUGGCGCAUUACAAUUGAUUGUCAGCCUUUGAUUAUUUUGUCACUCGAAUCAUAUUUUGGUCAUGAUCGUAAUAAAAAGAUUCCAGUGAUGUUUUGCAUCUUUUAAUUCGUGUUUAGCGUCCCUCGCUUCUUAAUUAACGAGACCAUUUGUGUGACAGUAUACAUGUAUGAACUGAAUUCUUUUGAAAACCAAUUAAUUAAAUGAUUGAAUUUUACUGCUCUCCCACUUCCGAUCUUCAGUAUAAUAAAGAAAUUAUAAAAUUUAUGUCACUUCUAUGUUACGAACCUUGAGCAGUAAGUCCAACUGACUUAUUUAUUUGAUGUCGUGUAAUUUAUUUUAUUAU